GUGUGUUGCUCCCUUCCGGCGGAGCGGAGCGAGAGGCCGGGCCGCCCUGGGACAGUGACACCGAGACCGAGACCGAGAGGCUCGUGCCUGAGCCCCAGGUCCCGCGGCCCAGCAUGAAGCUACUUAAACCUGCCUGGGUCCAUCACAAUGGUAAACCAAUAUUUUCAGUGGACAUUCAUCCUGAUGGAACCAAGUUUGCUACAGGUGGACAAGGGGAGGAUUCAGGGAAAGUUGUCAUAUGGAAUAUGCCCCCAGUUGUUCGAGAGGAGGAUGAGAAGAAUGAGGCGAUCCCCAAAAUGCUCUGCCAAAUGGAUAACCACUUGGCCUGUGUAAAUUGUGUGCGUUGGUCUAAUAAUGGUUUAUACCUGGCAUCGGGUGGAGAUGACAAAUUGAUAAUGCUGUGGAAGAGAGCAGCGUAUAUUGGGCCAAGCAAUGUCUUUGGCUCAAGUAGCAAGCUAGCUAAUGUGGAGCAAUGGCGGUGUGUUUCUAUUCUCAGAAGUCAUACAGGAGAUGUAAUGGACCUGGCCUGGUCACCCCAUGAUGCUUGGCUCUCAUCCUGCAGUAUUGAUAACACUGUUGUUAUCUGGAAUGCUCUGAAAUUUCCAGAAAUCAUUGCAACAUUACGGGGUCACUCCGGCCUGGUAAAGGGUCUUACCUGGGAUCCUGUUGGAAAGUACAUUGCAUCCCAAGCUGACGACCGGAGCUUAAAAGUGUGGAGAACCAUGGAUUGGCAGCUGGAGACCAACAUAACUAAACCCUUUGAUGAAUGUGCAGGCACAACACAUGUACUGCGUUUAAGCUGGUCCCCAGACGGCCAUUAUCUUGUAUCUGCGCAUGCUAUGAAUAACUCAGGCCCCACAGCCCAGAUUAUUGAACGGGAUGGCUGGAAGACAAACAUGGACUUUGUUGGCCAUCGAAAGGCAGUUACUGUGGUGAAAUUUAACCCUAAGAUCUUCAAGAAGAAGCCGCGGAAUGGAAGCUCUAAUAAACCCAGCUGUCCUUACUGUUGUUGUGCGGUGGGGAGUAAAGACCGGUCCCUCUCAGUUUGGCUGACGUGCCUGAAACGCCCCCUGGUGGUGAUUCAUGAAUUAUUUGACAAAUCAAUUAUGGAUAUUUCCUGGACUUUAACAGGUUUGGGAUUGCUGGUGUGCUCAAUGGAUGGAACAGUGGCAUUUCUGGAUUUCUCACAGGAAGAACUGGGUGAUCCACUGACUGAGGAGGAGAAGAACAUGAUUCACCAGAAGACUUAUGGCAAAAGCUUAGCAAUUACAACAGAGCAGCAGCUGUCCACCACUAUCAUCGAGAAUCCAGAGAUGUUGAAGUACCAACAGCAACAGAAGCAGUUACAGGAACAGAAAAAUGCAUUGGGUUCCAGGGAGCUGAUGGCUCCCAAAGUGCCGAAUAUGCUGAAUGGAGAGAGCUUGGAGGACAUUCGAAAGAAUUUAUUAAAGAAGCAGAUUGAAACUAGGACAGCUGAUGGACGGAGAAGAAUCACUCCUUUUUGUAUUGCUCAGUUAGACACCGGGGAUUUUUCAACUGCUUUUUUUAAUAGUGUCCCCAUCACAGGGGCACUUCCAGGGUCAGUGCUGCCUUCACAGAUCAGCCAGCAACAGCCUUCCUCCGACUCUAAUGCUGCCAAAUCUGUCUCUGCUAAACUAUCUCAGGACCCCACACCAGUCACUGCAAAGCCACCAGAAGACAUCCCCAGCAAAGACGGGCCUACAGUCACUAGUACACCUACUGCUCUACCUACAAGCACUCAACUUUUGACUUCUCCUUCACGGAUUGAGCCGAUGAAAGCUCUAGACUCUAGGUUCACUGAACGAUCCAAAUCCACUCCAGGAACAACUCCCAUCUCUUCUGUUGCCAGGCAGAGUGACUUGGACAGGGGUAAAGAGCUGGGCCUGUCCAAAGACUUCAAAGCUAGAGAAAUUCAAGAGAGCAGCAGUGACAGUGAAGAGAAGAUUCCAGCUUCUAAAAUCUCAGCACUGUCCAAGCGCAAGAAUGACACCGAGGGAGAAGUUGUGGAAAAGAAAAAGAAAGGUCGACCAAGGAAAGAAACUAAACAUAUGCCUGUAGCCUUAACAUCUCAGCCUACUCCCUCAACAGAAAAAGAGGUAUCGCGAGUCUCAGCCCCCGUCAUUGUAUUUAAACUCCCAACACCGGCUCCAAAGAAAGCAUUUAACAUACAGGUGAGCACUGAGCCAGCCAUGUACAUAGAAGUGGAAAAUGAGGUUCCAACAGUCACAGGGUGGAAGCUCAGCCGGCUAAAGUGCAUGAGAGAAGGCAAAGAGUGGGACACACUACUGACAAGUCGAAUCCUUGCUGCUGCUGGAAGCUGUGACCUGGUCAGCGUUGCCUGUGAGGAGCGGAUGGUGUCUGUAUUUUCGGCAAGUGGGCGACGUCUGCUGCCUGCCAUACUCCUCCAGUCACCCAUCUCCACGUUGCAUUGUGCCAGUCACUUUGUGAUGGCUCUGAUGGCUACUGCUACACUCUCUGUUUGGGAUGCCAAGAAACAGACUGUGUUGGUGAAGGAUGAGUCGCUGAUCACUAUAUUAUCAGGUAAUGAUAUCACUAUAACCCAAUCACUACUUACACACCAUGGUGUCCCGGUCGUCACUUUGUCCAAUGGCAAGUCGUACUGCUUCAACACGUCCCUCUGCACGUGGAAUUUGAUCUCAGAUAAGCAGGACUCACUGGUUCAGUGUGCAGACUAUCGUAGCUGCUUAACUUCUCAGGAGGCCAUGUUGUGUUCUGGACCCUUGGCUACUGUGCAGGGAUGUGGAAUAAAUGCUGGACGUCAGGCUGCCAGACUCUCUUCGAUGCCUCAUGUUUUACAGCGAGGGACCACACUGGCUUAUCUCGAGAACCAGGUUGCAGCUGCAAUGACGCUAAAAUCUAGCCAGGAAUAUCGUCACUGGCUUCUCAUCUACACCCGUUAUUUAGUAAAUGAAGGAUUUGAACCGCGCUUAAGGGAACUCUGCAAAGAUUUGCUUGGCCCAGUUCACAACUCUUCCAGUAGCCAGUGGGAAUCGACUGUUUUGGGUCUUCGGAAGAGGGAGCUACUGAAGGAGAUGCUUCCAGUGAUUGGCCAGAACCUUCGGUUCCAGAGGCUCUUCACAGAGUAUCAGGACCAGCUGGAUCUCCUGAGGGACAAGUAACACUGCCCUAGUGGGUGCUUGAUGAGGAUCUGACCGCGAACGCUCUCUGGGAGAUUUGCUGCGGCCGGCGGGUGACCCUACCUGGGAGCGAUGGACUUUAGAAGGUUUGGGUUUCAAUCUGAGAGAAGAGUCCGUAUUCAGCGACACUAGGCUGGCCCACUGCAGUGGAUGACAUGCUCACAGAAACAGCGCAACAGACGGUGCUGGUCUUAAUGCAUCACUUCACAACAAGCGGCCGUGCAGUGCACGGGAGAGAUGAUUUGCAACUGUACUGGGGGACAUUGGUGAGCAGGGAGCCAGUACUGCACCCAGAGAAUGGUUACAAGCAACCAAGCUUUAACAUCUCUAGCCACUGUGUGACAAACACUGGCCUCCCUACUUGCCAGAUAUUGACUUCUCAGUCCUUGCUCAUUUUAUAAACUGUCAAGUCCAAUACUGUUCAACACUCAGAAGUUUACUGCUGUUCCUUGCCUUGGAGAGGCAGGGACAGCACAACUGAAAGCUGUCAGUCUUCAGACCUUCUUGGUUAGAAGAUGAACUGCUGAGUUCAGACUUUUCAUGGUGUUAGUUUUCUGUUUGCCUGAUGUUACUAAAUUACAUACUUGUUUAAUGUAUGUCCUUGUUAGAUGUGUGAAUGGGGAGAAAAGAAUUCUAAUGAGCCACCAUGGGCACGGCAGAGAUGUACAGAAACCUAAUUCGCCCUUUGGUACCGUUUAACUUUAUACAGGCAAAUUUUUCGUCUUUUUUUUAAUAAAAUAAAGAUAGAAUAUUGCA